CUGCGCAGCUCCAAGGCGGCUGGCCUGGCUGCCCCCUUCUACUUUAAACAAGCGGUGGAUGCGCUGUCUAGCGGCGCUGGCGCCACCGCCGUGGCCGCCGCCGCCGCCGCCGCGCUGGUGCUGGGCGGCGCCUGCCGGGCGAUCAGCGGCGUUGCCAAGGAGCUGCAGGGGCCCUGCUUUGCGCCGGUGGCUCAGGAUGCGGGGCGCCGCGUCUCCUUCUACACCUUCUCCCACGUUCUGGCGCUAGACCUGGGCUUCCACCUCAACCGCAAGACGGGCGCGCUGUCCCGCAUGCUGGAGCGCGGCGCGCGCAGCGUGGCGAUGAUCUUCCGGGCCAUCGUCUUCACCUUCCUGCCCACCGCCGUGGAGCUGACGGCCGUGUGCAUCAUCCUGGCCCGCGCUUUCCACCCCCGCGUCUCCGCCCUCGUGCUGGCCACCUUUGCCGCCUACGCGGGCUGGACGGUGGCGCUGACGCGGGUGGCGGCGGGCAUACGGCGCAGGGUGAAGGAUCUGGACAAUGAGAUCACGGGCAAGGCCGUGGAUGCCCUGCUCAACUUUGAGACCGUGAAGCUGUUUGGCAACAGCGGGCUGGAGGUACGGCAGUACGACACAUCCCUCACGGCUUACCAGGUGGGUGGGUGGGCCAUGCUGGCGGCGGCCCUGGGCCCCGCCGCGCCCGCGGCCGCCGAAACAGUAGCAGGGGCGGCAGCAGCAGCAGGGGCGGCAGGGGGAGCGGCGGCGGCGGCGGGCAUCACGGCUGGAGACCUGGUGAUGAUCCAAGGACUGCUGCUGCACCUGUGGGCCCCGCUGCAGUUCCUGGGCUGGUUUUACCGGGAGCUGCGGCAGAGCCUGGUAGACAUGGAGGAUCUACUGGACCUCCUGCGCACACCCUCCACCCUGCCAGACGGCCACCUGCCUCUCCCCGCCCAGUCGCUUGAUGCAGCAGCGGGUGCAGGCGCAGGCCCGGCGUCGGCCCCCGCCAACAACGUGCGGUUUGGGUAUGGCGGCCGCCGCGUGCUGCGCGGCGUGUCACUGACGGCGGAGCCCGGGGAGAGCAUCGCCAUUGUAGGCCCCAGCGGCGGCGGCAAGUCCACGCUGCUGCGCCUGCUGGUGCGCCUGUACGACUGCGAGGCCGGCUCCGUCCUGCUCAACGGCGUGGAUGUGCGGCAGCUGCGGCAGGACAGCCUACGGGGUGCGGUGGCGGGAUCGUACCGCCUGGGUUCCCGCCCCCCGCAGGAUACCGUCCUGUUCAACGACACCAUCCUCCACAACGUCGCUUACGGCCGCCCCGGCGCCACCUGGCGCGAGGUGCAGGCGGCCGCCGCGGCCGCCAAGCUGGACGCCGCCGUGGCGCGCAUGCCGCAGGGCUGGCUGACUGUGGUGGGCGAGCGCGGGCUGAAGCUGAGCGGCGGCGAGAAGCAGCGGGUGGCCAUCGCCCGCGCCUUCCUCAGGCGCCCCCGCCUGCUCAUCUGCGAUGAGGCCACGUCAGCGCUGGAUACUGCCACCGAGAGAGGUAUCCAGGCCUCGCUGCGCGCACUGGCGGCGGGGCGUACCGCCGUGUUUGUGGCGCACCGCCUGUCCACAGUGCAGGGCUGUGACUGCAUCUACGUCCUGGCAGAGGGGCGGGUGGCGGAGCAGGGCACGCACCAGCAGCUGAUGGCUGCCCAAGGCAUCUACUACGACAUGUGGCAGAUGCAGCGG